AAUCCUUACCCAAUAAGAGUAUAUAUAUGUAGCAUCAUCCAAUACUCACCACAACACAACAGACUUUCUUGACACAACACAAUAACAAAUCAUAAACUUCCCUUUCAAGACUAAUCCUCUUUUUUCUAACUCUCAUUCAUUCUCUCUCUCCAAUUCCUCUUUUUCCUCACUAACCCAUUUUUUCAUACACCCUUUUGCAUAAAUCCAAAAACUCACACACCCUUUUGCCCAUUCUUCACUUUUCUCUCUCUUUGAAUCCACUUUGUGUCUUGAUGAUCAUAAAGUUUUCAUCUUUUUGAGUAAUGGGUUCUUGUUCCUCAAUUCAAAGAAAACCCAACACAGAUAACAAUAACAACAUGAAGGUGAAAGUUUCAUUUUUAGGAUCCAAAACUGAGAAACUUGUUGUUCCUUCAUCGCCCGUUAAGGAACAAGCCAAAAAUGGUAACUUUGAAUUGUCACCUUCUAAGUCAACGACAAAUUUCAUUAACUAUGGUAGUAAAGAGGAAACAUUUUUUGAUUCCAAAGCUUGGAUGGAUUCAGAUUGUGAAGAUGAUUUCUAUAGUGUCAAUGGUGACUUUACACCAUCUCGUGGCAAUACUCCAAUUCACCACGCAUUUGCGACACCUGGUGUGAACAAAACCUUGUCUCAGAAUCGAACUUCACCUUCUCCAUCCGAUUCAUCGCCGGAGAAGAAAAAGAAACUUCUAGAACUUUUCAAAGAUAGUGUGAAGGAAAAUCAAGAUGAUGAUAGUAAAGAAAAGAGAAAAGUGAAACCAACUAUACAAGAUGUUCUUCCGAAAUCUUCACACUCAACUCCUUAUAGCUCAAGAGCUAACUCUGCUAGCAGUAGUGAAAGAGUUAAGAAUGAUGAUUGUGUAUCGGUUAAAGAGAAAUCGCAUAAAUCUUCGUUGUUUUGUAUUCCGAGUUUGUCUUCGUGCCGUAGCUCUAGGGAGAGGAGGAGGAAGACUAGUCCUGCAAUUGCAGUUGAUGGAAAAUAAUGAGUUCUGUUUCAAUGUGUUUGAACUGAAUUACCAUGUUUGUCUGGUUUUUUUAUUUUUUGUUGAGGUAAAGUGGUUGAACUGAGUUUGAUAAUGUACAUCAAUAUCCAUAUGUAAACAUAAGGUUUAUGAAUUUGAAAGCAUUUAAAUACAAA